AUGGAGUUGGCAUUGCUGGUGGUGAAGAUGAGUGGAACAUGCUUGUUGAUUGGGUUGAUUGGAAUGGUGAUUCAGCUGUUUGAUUCGAUGAUUUGGCAGCCCCAAAGGCUCCGUGCCAAGCUCCGAAAGCAGGGCAUCCAGGGUCCCCCUCCUACAUUUUUGCUUGGUAAUACACUUGACAUCAAGAAGGCACAAUCUCAGUCCUCAGUUUUGGCCCAACAACACAUUACCCACAACAAUUCCUCUACUGUCUUCCCUUUCUUCCAUCAAUGGAUACAGCAAUAUGGCCCAACCUUUUUGUUUUCGCUUGGCAACAUACAGAUUUUACACAUAACAGAUGCUGAUUUGGUGAAGGAAAUAAUUACAUGCACUUCAAUGGACUUGGGAAAUCCCACCUAUCAACAGAAGGAACGAGGCCCUCUUCUUGGCAAAGGCAUUUUAACUUCAAAUGGUGCCUUAUGGGCUCAUCAAAGGAAAAUCAUUGCUCCUGAAUUAUACAUGGACAAGGUCAAGGGUAUGACACACCUUAUGGCAGAGUGCUCAGUUAUGGUGGUGAAGGGAUGGAAGAGCAAAAUAGAUAGCCAUGGUGGAGCAGCAGACAUAAAAGUUGACGAUUGUUUAAGAAGGUUUACAAGGGAUGUUAUCUCAAGGGCUUGUUUUGGAAGCAAUUAUUCCAAAGGAGAAGAGAUUUUCUUCAAAAUUAGAGCUCUACAAGAAGCCAUGUCUAAAAAAGUUUUAUCUAAUGGCUUCCCUGGAAUGAGGUAUCUUCCGACGAAGAGCAAUAGGGAAAUAUGGAGAUUGGAGAAAGAAGUUCGAGCAUUGAUAUUGAAAACUGUAUAUGAAACCAAGGAUGAAACAUCAAAGGAAGAUCUGUUACAAAUGAUUCUGAAAGGUGCUGAAAGCAGUGAUUUAGGCCCUGAUGCAACUGAUAACUUCAUUGUUGACAACUGCAAGAACAUAUAUUUUGCUGGGUAUGAAACAACUGCCAUUACAGCUGCUUGGACCUUGUUCCUUCUAGCACUCAACCCUGAUUGGCAAGACAAAGUUCGUGCCGAGGUUGUUCAAAUUUGUGAGGGCAAAAUACCAGAUGCCGAUAUGAUCCGGAGGAUGAAAACAGUAAGCACAACCUUCAUUUUUCUUAUAUAUGAGGCAGUAACAUGUCCUGAAAUUAACUAUGUUUGA